AUGAGCUUAAAUAAUGUAAUUGCAUUUGCACUCUUAUUGAAAAAGAUUACCCGAAAAGGUUCACUGGGGAAAAAAAACUUUCAACAAAGAAUGCGCAAAAACAACACAAGCAAUGCCAAUGGUACAUCGAAGACUGAAGCCGUGAAAAAGCAAGACGUCUCUGUUAGUUCAUGUUCAAGUAGCGAGACAGAGGAGGAAGACGAAGUUGAACAAGUCUACAGCAAUCAUCAUCAUCAAGAUUUCAACAAGAUCAACAAAAAGUCCUCUUUGAUAGUGGAUACUGCUCCUUCCAUCAAAUCAUUACAAGCAAGUCAAAUCAAGGUUGCUUUAAGGACAUCUGUGAUAGUAGAUGAGGCCAAUAUGCAAUUGGAGAACGAAGUAGCUCAAGUCGUGGUAGCAACGCCGACACCGGAUUUCCAGAAAUCCAGCAUCUCAUUGUCAUCCACCAAAACCACAACAGCUGUUCAAAAUGUUAUUAUUCGUGAUUUCGCUUAUCCUACUGAUUCUCCUCUUCAUUUUGGUAGAAAUAUGCUUGCGUCGCUCAACAAUCAAUCCGCUGUAUCUUUGUCUUCACCUGAUUUCAAUGGUCGAGAUGCUCGAGCCUUGUUUGAUUUCUCGCCAGAAACAGAGUAUGAAAUUGCAUUAAAAGCUGGACAAUGCGUUUGGGUUCAAUAUCGACAAUGUCCCGGCUGGCUAAUCGCUGACGUGCAAGAUGAAACUGGUUUGAUUCCAGAAUCUUAUGUGGAAUUUAUAUAA